AUGAAUAAGUCAGCCAGGUUGUGGCUGCCAACAAGUGGCAGCCCUCUUACAGUCAAACCCGGCAGCAUGGUAGCGGAGAAAGAUAGAAGGAACACGCCAGAGACGGCGGUCCGAGCAAGACACCCAGAGGUUUAUCAGCAGAUAGCCGAGAAGGAAAUUUUGUCGAAGCCCCGACCUCUGAAGGAUCGAACCGGGGUAAACAAGAGCCUCUACUGUGAUUAUCACAAAGGCUAUGGACACAAGACACAAGAUUGUUUCGACUUGAAGGAUGCGCUGGAACAAGCGAUCUGGGACGGAAAGCUAGCCGAAUUCUCCCAUCUCAUCAGAGAGCCAAGGAGGCGAGAUCGCGAUCGCGAGGGAAAGGACAAGCCCCGCGCGGUGAAGCGACGUCAUGAGCCGGAGGACAACGAGCACGGCCUUACCAUAGUAAAUGUGGUAACGGCAAGAAACGCACCCCCAAAAUCGAGGUCGGCACACAAGAAAGACGCCAAGGUCCUUGUGGUUUCCUCAUCCUCUUUGCGAAGCUCCAAGAGGCUCCCACCCAUCGCAUUCGGUCCAAAGGACCAAUGGUUCGAUGAGGCCGCGGAAAACUCUCCCAUGGUCAUCACGGCCAGAGUCGGAACCGGCCUCAUCAAGCGGAUCCUCGUGGACACCGGGGCUGACUCGAAUAUCAUGUUUCGCAACGUGUUCGAUGCCUUAGGCCUACGGGAUGCCGAUUUAAAGACGCACCAACACGAUGUUGUGGGUUUGGGUGACCACUUCAUCAAGUCAGAUGGGAUAAUCUCCCUACCAAUAUCUGUAGGGUCAGGACAGGGGCGAAGGUCGGUAAUGCCCGAGUUCGUGGUUCUACGAGACUCCACGGCCUACAACGUCAUCCUAGGGAGGAAGACUAUCAACGACCUCGGAGCAGUAAUUGACAAACCCCAUUUGUAG